UAUAGUUAUUGCUCUAUGACAUAGUGUUUUAAUUAUACCUCUUUUGGUUGCUUCAGAAUGGUAUAAUGUAUGAGAAUUUGAGAGUCAGUAAAAUUAUAUGGUGGCUUUUAAGAAUUACCAGGUUAGUUAAAAAAACUCUGACUAUCAAAAUCACAAAUCAUUUUGAAAAUUACCCCGUAUGUGUAUUCUGACUUUUAAACCAGUUUUCGAGGAAUUACUUUACUUAAGUUUUCUGGGAGAUUGCCGCACUGCUUGUAGGGUAUUUUUAACUUCAAUAAACUAUUUACUGAACUAGUAUUAAACUCAUUUACUUAAAAUACAAAUAUUGAUAAUUUUGUUUGUAUUUUAGGUUUAAUUCCGCAGAUCCAACUAAUGAAAAUCUAGAAAAUGCGAUGAAUUUCGAACAUUUAUCUGAAAAAUAUACUUGUGAAUCGUGUAGUUACCAGUAUACUGCCAAAAUUCUCUUAAAAGAGCACAUCGUCAAAGUACACGCUCAUGACUAUCGCUUUUUCUGUCAGUUUUGUGGAAAAGGUUUUUCCUUGGAAUGUCGCAGGAGAGAGCACGAGAAGAGAGUGCAUACCAAAACGACUCCCAAGAGAGAAAUACCAUGGGUUUGUGACGAUUGUGGCAAAGUACUUGCUAAUCAAUAUAUUUAUGAGGGACACAAAAUUAUAUGCCACCCAAGCGAGAUAAAUUGUUACUGUGUUAAAUGUGGUAAAGCUUUUCCAUCGCUAAGUUAUUUACAACAACACGACCUUGCCAAUCAUUCCGAUAGAGAGCCAUUUUUUUGUUCGGAAACCGAUUGUGGAAAGAUAUUUAAAACUAAAUAUAACUUGAAGAUGCAUAAGCUCAUUCAUGAUAAAAACCGGCAGUUUGUUUGCGGACAUUGCGCUAAAGUAUUUAUUCACGUUGCCUCUUUUAAAAGACAUUUGAAAGAACAUAAAGAAGGAAAGAAAUUAUAUCAGUGCGAAGUUUGUUUGAAAACCGUUACUAGCAACGAUAGUUUAAAAAUUCAUAUGAGAAUACAUACCGGAGAAAAACCGUUUAAGUGUUCUUAUUGCGAAAAAGCUUUUGCAUCGAAAUUAUUGCUGAAAACUCAUAUAGUCGUGCAUACUAAGGAAAAGAGAUAUGUUUGUCGGAUUUGUGAUAAAGGAUUUACUCAGCGAGGAACACUCAGAGUUCAUUUCUCAAAGAAUCAUCCUUCUGAAGUGUUAUAGUUAAAAACAGACAUGUACAGGAUGGGUCAAAUUCGACGCUUUUAAAUGGAAACAC